UGACAGUUUGGUUAAUGCGGUUUUGUUGACUUACAGAAUCAACUGGACGAAGUAAAUAGCGUAGAACAUUCCUUUAACUGCAUUUAAGUGAAUAAAAUUAAAACUAGCAAAAUGACAAGUAAAAAUGAAACGCACAACGCUGAGAAACAACAGCCAAUUUUUCGGGAUAUAAAUCCAGAUGAUCCAGAUCAGGAAACAACUGUUAUAGAAUCAGCUUGUAUGAAUUGCUUUAAAACGGGAUCUACCAGGUUAUUGCUAACGAAAAUACCAUUUUAUAAAGAAGUGGUGUUAAUGUCAUUUAAAUGCGAAUAUUGUGGUUUCGAAAAUAAUGAGAUUCAAUCAGCUUCAGAGAUUCAAGAUAAAGGAGUAAAAAUUGAGUUAAACAUAACGGACGCUGCUGAUUUGAAUCGACGUAUUGUACGGUCAGAUUACACUUCUGUUCAAAUACCAGAAGUGGAGCUCGAGAUUCCAGCACAAUCACAAAAAGGCGAAAUAACGACUGUAGAAGGAAUUAUUGACCGUACUAUUAGAGGUCUAUCACAAGAUCAGGACAAACGACGUGUCGAACAUCCUGAGGAUGCUGCAAAUAUUGAUGCUUACAUAUUAAGACUAAGUGAAAUUAAAGAGCAUAAAAAGCCAUUCACGUUGCUUAUAGAAGACGUGAGUGGCAAUAGUUUUAUAGAAAAUCCAUUAGCCCCAAAACUGGAUACUAAUUGUAAAACAGCACAUUUUAAACGUACUACAGAACAGAAUCAUAUUUUAGGUUUGUAUGAAGAAAACGAUCUAUCAAGCGGAGAAAAUUUGAUUAACACAAAUGCAGUUGCUGAGAAGCACUUACUGAAACCGAUUGCGGAAGGUUCUUGGCCAAUUGAAGAGUUACAUGGCGAAGUUUUACAAUUUCAAACUCACUGUCACCAAUGCAGAUCGGAAUGUGAAACUAAUAUGAAAUUAACUAAUAUACCACAUUUUAAAGAAGUAGUAAUAAUGGCGACUGUUUGUGAUGUUUGCGGUUGCAAAACCAACGAAGUUAAGUCUGGUGGUGGUAUUGAAGAUAGGGGUAUACGUUUUGAAACUCGUAUUGUUACUAAGGAAGACUUAACAAGAGAUGUAUUGAAGUCAGAAACUUGCAGUCUUUCCAUUCCGGAACUGGAAUGCGAAGUAGGACCAUCUGCGCUUGGAGGUCGCUUUACAACUAUAGAAGGCAUUUUAGUUGCUAUGAAAGAACAGUUAAAUGGUGACGGCAUUAUGUUUGAUGACUCUUCCGAUGAAGCAGCAAAGCAGCGUUUUAAUUCAUUUUUAAAAAAAUUUGAUGAUGUAUUAUCUUUGAAAGAAGUGUGUACGCUAAUUUUAGAUGACCCUGCCGGUAACAGUUAUGUGCAAUCACUUCGUGAUGAUGAUGAGCCUGAUGAUAAUUUAAAGAUAACUAAAUACGAAAGAACAUUUGAACAAAAUGAAGAAUUGGGAUUAAAUGAUAUAAAAACAGAAAAUUACUAAAAGAAUAUCUAAAAUCGAUGUUAGUUAUUAGAAGUCAAUGUCUGAAUUUUAAAAAAUAUAUAUUAAUGUAUUUAACAAUAUACUAGAGAAAAUAUACAACUUUGAGGAAAA